AUGGACAAAGACGCGCCAACCCCUUUUGAGGAUGCCUUGGAGAAAUCUGGCAAUGGUCUCUAUAACAUUCUAUUGGUUCUCACUUGCGGACUGAUAUUACUGGCGAUUGGCGUGGAUUUAUUCGGCUUCGGUUUGGUAGUUGUAGUGGCUUGCGACUUGAAUAUCACAGUGGCACAAAAAGGAAUUCUUACUUCACUCCCAUAUAUAGGUAUUUUACUGGUGUCGUACUUCUGGGGAUACAUUUCCGAUACGAGAGGGCGUAAAUUCUCUCUGAUCAUAUCAGUGCAGGUUGCCUUCGUCCUGUCAUGCCUCGCCAGUGUCGCUACCAACUGGCUGUUCCUGGCGCUUAUAAAAUUCGUAUCUGUGUGCUUUUCAUGUGCUGCAAACUCAGCAACUUACACCUUGGUAGGAGAGUCUUGCCCUCAACUAGUGAGAAGGAAAUAUAUGCUACUUAUGACAUGUUUACUCAUAUUGUCACCGGCGGUCGGUGCGCUACUGACAUACCCAGUCCUGCUGCAUAAUUUUAAGAUACCAAUUCCCUUGCUGGACAUCAACUUCACCCCCUGGCGCCUGCUCAUCAUCAUACUGACUAUACCCCUGGGCAUUGGUGGUAUUGCGAUAUGUUUCUUCCAUGAAUCACCUAAAUUUUUGGCAAACGCUGGACGGAAUGAAGAAGCUCUGAAAGUGCUUGAGUCAAUCCAUGCUAUUAAUAAUCGGAAUUCUAUAGAGUCUUUACAGGUUACCUCAUUAUACUUAGAAGAUGCGAUAUCACAGAAACAAAAGUCACUAUUCCAAGCACUAUACGAGCAGAGUGCGCCGCUGUUCAGACCGCCCAUGUUGUGGACUACGUUACAGCUGUACUUCAUUGUAGCUGUAGUAUAUAUCACGAACAAUAGUCUUCUCAUAUGGCUGCCUUAUAUCCUAAACUUGGUGAUAGCGAAUCUCAAUAAAAACUCAACAAUCACAGGCGAUAUUUGUACCCUACUGUCUGCGGGACACGAUUCUGUAGAAACUUCAACUAACGCUACAAGUACAACGUCAGAAAUCUGCCUCGGCUAUAUAGAAAACAAUGUAAUCAUCACACUCGUUGCUGCUCAGAGUAUUUACUCCUUUUUAAACUUUGUUAUAUCCUAUUUCAUGAAGUGGAGACGAAUUGUACUGCUAUUUAUUCUGAGCACUUCAACAUUAAGUGGUAUAUUGUUAGGGUGGAUGCCAGAGCCAGUAUCUAGUGUGUUUUUGUUUAUGGUUUUCACUUGUACUAAUCUCGGUAUGGGUAUAUUGGCUUCAUACUUCGUGGACUUGUACCCUACGUCUUGUAGAGGAAUGGUACAAUGUCUGAGUAUAAUGGUAGGCCGAACGAGUACUUUCAUAGGAAUCAACAUUGUGGGCAAUCUCAUAUUCUUCCACUGCCAUACUACGUUUUACAUAUGGUCGCUGCUUGUAUUUAGUAGUGUAACGGCGGCAUGGUUCUUACCAAAAGACCGGCUAUCUCAAAGC